UUCCGCCGCUGACGUCAGCGCUGUCGGCCAAGAUGGCGCUGUGCUGUGUGAGAACCGCGGGCUCGUUCCUCGGGAAAUGUGGGAAUCGCCGCGCCGGUGUGAACGCGGUCACGUCCCGGCUGAGCCGACAGGUCCUGAGCAGGCCGGUGUGCCUGAGCGCUGCCCUCCGCAAAAAGAACCUGGCGGCCUCGGGGCCGGAGAAGUUCACGGAGGAGUACAUCAAGAAGCAGCUGGAGGAGUUCAACGUCGGCAAGCGGUACCUGGCCAACAUGAUGGGCGAGGACCCGGAGAACUUCAGCCAGGAGGACAUAGACAGGAGCAUCUCCUACCUCUUCCCCUCCGGCCUGUUUGAGAAGAAAGCGCUGCCCGUCAUGAAGCAUCCAGAUGAAAUAUUUCCAAGGCAAAGAGCUGUCAAUUGGGGACCAGACCGACGACCAUUCCACUUCCUUUUCUACACCGGCAAACCGUCCUACUACAGCCUGAUGCAUGACACAUACGACAAAAUCCUGAAAUUGGAGAAGCAUGAAGACCUCCUGAAAGCCAAAGAACUCUUCCACCUGGACACCAAGAAUAUCUCUCUAGGCACAAGCCGGUGGCUCACAAAGGUGGAGGUGGAGGAGCUGCUGGUGGAGGCCAUCUCCCCUCAGGACUACAAUCGCUUCAUCCAGCUGAUUGAGCGUCUGCUGUCAAUGCGCCACUGCGCCAAAGAGGAGGAGUUUGUCCUGCGUUACCGCCGGCAACUGGAGGCGCAGUCCACCAAGCAAAUGGUGCCGCCGCUUGAGACAGACGACGGAGGCGUGGCCUUCAGCAAAGCGGAGGGCCGACGGAAGACGUCAACCUCAUCAGUUGUCCUCCGGGACUGUGGCUCCGGACGCGUCACCGUGAAUGGCUACGACUACCUCCAGUACUUCCCCGUGCUGCAGGACAGAGAGCAGCUGAUGUUCCCGCUACUGUUCGCCGGCGCGCUGGGACGCUUCGACCUGGAGUGCACCGUCACCGGCGGCGGCAGGUCCAGCCAGGCGGGGGCGCUGCGGCUUGCUGUCGCGCGGGCCCUGCUCAGCUUCCUGUCCGAGGGAGACAUGGAGACCAUGAGACAAGCGGGCCUGCUUACCCCGGAUCCAAGGGUGAGGGAGAGGAAUAAGCCAGGGCAGGAGGGAGCGCGAAAGAAAUUCACCUGGAAGAAACGCUGAGGAGGAGGAAGAGGAGGAGGGUGAUCUGAACCUGAACUCAAAAUCUAAAAACAUCCGCACUGGACCUCUACUUUUAACGUGACCCCAUGUGAGGUGAUGUCUCGUGAGACAUCGUGUCCUCUUCACUUUAUUUAAGCUCUGGAUACAACGACGACGAGCUGACGGCCGCCAUCUUUUCCAGACGGCGCCCACACUCGGCUGGCUGCAAGAUUGCUUUUUCGGCCACCAGAUGGCAGCAUGUGUCAAGGAAUAAAUGCUGACUAUGAUCAUCAUCGGUAUAUCAGUCAAUAAAUUAAGUAUUUCAUAUAA